AUGACUCUGAUAAAUGGUAUUUUAUUAUGUUUCUUUUUUAUUAUCGUUUCAUCAAAACCAAUAUCUUUCAAUGAUCCAAUAUUUGGUCAACCAGAACAAAUUCAUAUAUCUUAUGGACUCGAUCCAUCCCUUAUGAUAGUAACAUGGGUAACAUUGAAUGAAGUUAAUGAUUCUAUUGUUGAAUAUGGAGAAGACGAUAUGCUAAGUCAACGAGCAACCGGUAAUGUUAGUAUAUUUCAAGAUGAUGGUACAGAAAAACGACGUGAAUAUAUUCAUCGUGUUGUUUUACGAGAUCUUAGACCUGGUCAACGAUAUUUUUAUCAUUGUGGUAGUGAUGUAUAUGGUUGGUCACCUUUAUUUUGGUUUACAGCAAUGCGUAAUGAUUCUAAUUUUGUUCUUCGUACGGCUGUUUACGGUGAUAUGGGAAAAGAUAAUGCUCAAUCAAUGACACGUCUUCAAGAAGAAACUCAAUUAGGUCAUUUUGAUUUUAUUUUACAUGUUGGUGAUAUGGCAUAUAAUAUGGAUUCAGAUAAUGCUCGUUAUGGUGAUGAAUUUAUGAAUGCUAUUGAAUCGAUUGCUGCUUAUAUUCCAUAUAUGACUUGUGUAGGAAAUCAUGAAAGCAAUUAUAAUUUUUCACAAUAUUUUGCUAAAUUCAGUAUGCCAUCAUCCAAGAAUACAUACGGUGAUGAUGCAAAUUUUUUUUAUAGUUUUAAUGUUGGGCCUGCACAUAUUAUUGGUUUUUCAACAGAAUUUUACUAUUAUACUCAAUAUGGUUUUGAUCAAAUUGCUAAUCAAUAUGAAUGGCUUGAACAAGAUUUAAAAAAAGCAAAUGAACCUGAGAAUCGUGCUCGUCAACCAUGGAUUAUUACAAUGGCACAUAAACCAAUGUAUUGUAGUAAUAAUGAUGAUGAUGAAUGUCUUAAUACAGAUGGUUAUAUUUAUAUUCGUACUGGUCUACCAUAUAUUCAAGCAUAUGGUCUUGAAAAAUUAUUUGCUCAGUAUGGUGUUGAUCUUGAAUUUUGGGCACAUGAACAUAGUUAUGAACGUUUAUGGCCUGUUUAUAAUUCAACAGUUUACAAUGGUACAAGUGGUGCUUAUAUUGAUCCUGACGCUCCAGUACAUAUAAUAACAGGAUCAGCAGGUUGUGAUGAGCGUCAUGAUCCAUUUGGCGUCCCUCGUCCCUGGACAGCAUAUCAAAAUACUGAUUAUGGCUAUACAAGAAUGAAUGUUUAUAACGCAUCUCAUCUAUACUUGGAACAAGUAUCAGAUGAUCAGGGUGGAAAAGUAGUUGAUAAUAUGUGGUUAAUUAAAUCUAAACAUGGUUCUUAUUCAUAUUUUAAAUAA